AUGGAAAGAGGUAAUCAAGAAGCAAUCACCUUUUACCAUCAUAACGGAUCGGCUGUGAACUUGAGUGGCAUCUCUAACCCGCUAAUGACCAACGUGACCGCGCAGAGCAUGGUCGGAGUGGCACCAGUCGCAGAAGGUGGAAACCAAUCCAACAGGAUCUUGCCGUGGUCUACAUUGGAGAAGUUGGCGGUAUUGCCGCCUGCAACAAAUAUAUCUGGGGAUCCAAAACAAUCUUCAAAAUCUAAGCGGGAUGUUGCUAGUGUGCCUGUGAAAGUCGUCAAUGGUGCCGCAAUGAUCCCGCCUGAGAAUGGAGUGCAAUCAUUAGCCCUCCCUCCCCUUUUAGCCAUCAACAACAACCUCUCCCAAAUACCGGUACCUAUACCUAAUACAUCCGUAGUCCGUUAUGCAAAGAUCAACACUUUGAUUAAAGCUCCUUGA